AUGACCGUCUUUUCACUAAAUAUCCGUAAUCGGGUCGGAUCUUCAUCCCAACCCGAUAUAACGAAACAUUGGUGGAUCCGGAUCCAACACUCGAACCCGUCGAGCCGAUCGGGGGAACGAAUAGUUCUGGACGUGUUGCGUGUUUGGAUCAUACAAAGAAGAAAUCGGCGGGAGAAGCUAUGUCGAGGCUAUGGGCAAGAUUUGCCGGAUUCUUCAGCAGCAAGAGUUUCAUCGGAGCUGACAAGACUGGUAACAAGUACUUUUCCAGAAUGGAGGAGAUUGACGGAUUCGGCGAUGAAGGAGAAAAGAUGGGUUGUCUUUAGACGAGAAGAGGAUCCGACCUCUAUUCCUGUUGAAUGGAUAUGCUGGCUGAAUGGGCAGCGAAAAAGGGCUCCUACUCCAGAGGAAAUGGCUCAGCUUGAAGCAAGGCGUGAGCGUGUGAAGCUUAAUGUUGCUCUUCUCAAGAAAGAAGAGGAGGAGAAGAAAGCCAGAGAAGGCACUGGACGCAAAAUCACGAGCAUCGGUAAAGUUGAGGGUCCGGAUUUGACAAGCUUUGUUCGCCACUUUCCAGCGGAUUCAACAGGUGAUAAACAAGGGGAAGCUAGUGAAGAAGCGGAUGAAUCAAGGGCCAAGGAACAUGAACCCGAGAUAGCUACUCCAGAACCACCCGAACCAAAGACAACAGAGCCAUCAGGGUCUGGAUCAUCAUUUAGGCCCGGGACAUGGCAGCCACCAUCCUAAACACAUCUCAUGUUCGCGCAGAUAACAAAGCAACAUAAUUUUCCGUCCAAUUAUUUGUUUGAUGUAGUCUACAGAAACCGAUCGGUUUGAAUCGUCCUACAGUUGAAUUAGAGACCAUAGCGCUUUGCAGGACCCUAGAUUUGUGGCCUUUGACGUUGUUAUUGAGGACAUAGAAGAGUCAAAAUGAGAAGCCAUCUUCUUAUGAAUUUUAUUUUGUUUCUUUGGGUGGGUUUUGCCUUGUCUCUUGGCAUUGUGCUUGAGACUUAAAAUUGCCUUUGUCCUUCAUAGCUAAAGAAGAGCCUACCUACCCUACGUUUUUCCUCGUUGACUUUUGUUUAUUAGAAUUUAAACGAUUUGUUUCUUGGGUUAUAUCAUGGUUGAAUGAGUAUAUAUUUUCAUGUCA